UCGGCCCGCGCCUGGCCCGACCUGUCGGCGGAGGAUCGCACCCAAACGAAGACACGGUAGCCAUGGCUGAAGCGGCGCCCGCCCAGCUAGAUACAGAGAAGAGUUCAUACCUCUAUACCACAGAGAUCACACUGUGGACUGUGGUGGCAGCCAUUCAGGCCUUGGAGAAGAAAGUGGAUUCUUGUGUGGCCCGUUUGCUGACUCUUGAAGGACGCUCAGGGACAGCUGAGAAGAAGCUGGCUGAUUGUGAGAAGGCAGCUGUGGAGUUCAGCAGCCAACUGGAGGGCAAGUGGGCCGUGCUGGGGACUCUGCUGCAGGAGUACGGGCUGCUGCAGCGGCGGCUGGAAAAUGUGGAGAACCUCAUGCACAAUCAGAAUUUUUUGGUCUUGCGGCUUCCCCCUGGCAGCAAGGACGAGUUCCCCAAGGUGCCUAUGACCUUUGAUGAUGUGGCUGUGUAUUUCUCUGAAUUGGAGUGGGCCAAAUUGGAGGACUGGCAGAAGGAGCUCUAUAAACAUGUGAUGAGAGACAACUACAAGACGCUGAUCUCCCUGGAUUAUGCCAUCUCUAAACCAGACAUCCUCACCUGGAUAGAGAGGGGAGAAGAGCCUUUUCCUGCAGGCCCCUGUGGCCAGGGGAAGGGGAGUGAGGAGGAGGAGGCAGCAUGCCCAAGGAAACCAAACACUGGAAUCCCUCUGAGUCCAGAGCAUGCCCCAAGUCCAGCCUGUCCUGCCCAAAUGGAGCCAAAAGAAAGGCAGGCACCGGAGCAGCCACUACAGCAGCAGCAGCAGCAGCAAGAGGAAGCAAAGGGUACUAUACCUGAGCCUGACACUGCACAUGACUUCUCCCUUCUCUGUGUCCCUCCCAGCCAGUGUGUGAGCUCAAGCUGGAUGCAUAGAAUUUGUGAGGCGGGACCACAGGUCUGUAAGCAUGUUCAGGACCUGCUGGGAAAUGGCUAUGUCUCCUGUGAUACUUGUGUUAGGAAUGACCCUCAUCUGAUUCUCCCUCUCACAGGGAUUCCAGCAAGCACCAACACUUCACCAAUUAAACAAGAGGGAGACUCUACUGAGGGAGGAUUGCCACCCUGCCCUCCCACAGACAGCCUGCCUUCUUUAGGGCCAGGUGGUGGUGCUGUGGCCAUCAAGACAGAAGCCCAGUCUGAGCAUGAACCUGAGCAACAGCUUCCAGAGUCCCCAAGCCAGUCCAUGUAUAGAGUCCACAAAAGGCCCAGGAACAAGACUGGAGGCCCCAGACAGGAUCAUGCCCAGAAAGUGUCUAGGGUACAGAUUAGGGAGCCCCAGGCAGCAGAGGCUGUGGAAGAGCCACCCCGUAUUCUUCCUCGACAACGGCAGCGGGCAUUCCCAUGCCCUGACUGUGGGCAGACCUUCCGCUUAAAGAUUAAUCUGACAAUCCAUCAGCGGACCCAUGUAGAAGAGGAGGAGAACAAGGAGGAGGUUCAGAGUGGCUUGCCUGUUGGGUCAGGGGACAGCCGCUCCACACUGGAACCAGGGGAGGUAGUGGUUCCUGGCCCUGUCAUCUGCUGGCUACCUGGGGAUCCCACAAGUUGCCGUUCCCUGGCAAGCAAUGCUUUUAUGGGACAAAGGUCAGCAGAUAAGGUUUACCACUGUAGUGAAUGCCUGCGCUCCUUCCAGCAGCGGAAGUCCCUGAUACUUCACCAGCGUCAACACACAGGCAACAAGCAAGGCUGGCCUGCCUGCUCCUACUGUGGCAAGGCCUUCCGCCGGCCUUCAGACCUCUUUCGCCACCAGCGCAUCCACACCGGCGAGCGUCCCUAUCAGUGCCCCAAGUGUGACCGGGCCUUCAACAGGAACCACCACCUGACUGUCCACAUGCAGACCCACUCCUGAGUCGCGGGAGCAGAAGAGCUGCAGCUGAGACGCUGCGGGAUCACGACUCUGCAUACUCGGUUCCGAGGCAAUUUGCUCCGGACUGCCUUCCGAGUCUGGUGCGUGUGGGCAAGGAUUGCAGUGGCUAUUCUGGGACGAGGCAGGAUCUAG